GAUACACACAAGUGAUUUUUCAGAGCACGUUUUCGGAGAUUAUUCGAAGAAGAUUUCUACUAACAAGAUGGACAGCUGGAGGAAGAUGAAACAUUCUUUCAGCUUCUGCAUCUUUUUUGUAGUUUUAUCACACCAUGGUACCAAAUCCUUCGAACAGGCCACAGCAGAAGGCGACAUCAUUAUUGGAGGAUUGUUUCCGAUUCACGAAAGCAUUAAUGUCACUGUGAAUUAUGAUGGCAGUGAAAACCAGAUAUGUGACAGGUUUAGCACGGCUAACCUGGUCCAGUCUCUGAUAAUGGUGCAGGCGCUGGAGGAGAUAAAUCAGAAGCAAGAGUUGGGGAACCUCACCUUGGGAUAUCUUAUACUUGACUCCUGUGGUGACGUUACUACCUCCCUGAGAAAAAUCCCGUCCUUUAUGAGGGGAAACUGUAACACUAGUGCACAGCAGUCUUCCCCUGUCCUUGCUGUCAUUGGUGGUUACUACUCAGAGAUAGCCAUAGCAGUUACAAGGCUACUCAACCUGGAAUAUAUACCUGAGAUAAGUUAUGGUGCAACCUCUGGCCUUCUAAGUGAUAAAACCCGUUUUCCAAGCUUUAUGAGGACUGUACCACAAGAUAAUCACCAAGCUCGUGCCAUCUCCGAGAUUCUUGAUAAUAAUGGAUGGACUUGGGUCGGUGUGCUGACAACCGAUGGUGAAUAUGCUCGCUAUAUAACUGAGCGGCUCUGGAAUACAAUGUGGAUGGGGGAAACAACACUAGAGACCAACUUCAAGCCAAUAGCACAAGUUUUCAUCAAGUCUCCACUGCUGUUCUGCAUGGGCCUGAACCCCCUCAGUGAGAUCAUUAAAAAGACUGGCUAUGGAUUCCAACUAUGGAAUGGAGUAGUCAAUAGCCACCUCUUCUACAUGGAUAACAUCAAGCUGUAUGCCAGUAGUGAACGAGACAUCAGUUCACUGAUCCACACCACUUGA